AUGGGACGCAAACCCAACCAACUCAUCCUCGAGUUCUUCAACCGAGGCCCCAAGCUCGAGGACUCUAGCAACCGCUACCAGCACACCUGCAAGGCCUGUGGUGAGCGAUUCCCCAAGGGCCGUAUCGAUAGCCUCACCAACCACCUGGUCAAGAAGUGCCAGGCCAUUCCCCUCCGUGACCGCCAGCGUGUGCUUUUGCGACUCCACGAACUCCCCGACCUGACCGAGGACGCAAACAAAGAUCCCAACGCGCCGGCUGGUAAAAAAGGAGACGGGUUCCCCAAUCCGAACCGUCCGAACUUUGAUGGUCUGAACGUCUUGGCUGAGGCUUCCCGCCAGGUAGGUGCGUCUGACACCACCAAGCGAGGGCCCGCAUACACCCAGUCUGUGACGGCCGGUGGCAAGACAGUCAUUGUCGAUCCGGCACUUGAGGCCGAGGGCUUUCAGGGACAGAACCAGGAGGAAAAGGGAGAGGACCACGCAGGUUCACAAACCUCCAACCCUCCCGCCAUUCCGGCCCUUCCCAGUCAUACCUCAGGCGAUCACGCAUCUAUGUCACCAACCCUUGGUGAUAACUCCAUGACUCCCGAAUCCGCCUCCAAUGCGCGCCAGUCCCUCUCGAUGAUCGCAGCUUCAGCAAAUGAAAUGGUUCCCCAGGGAGGUUUGAUGGACGGCGAUCAUCUUGGUGAUAUGAAAAUGGGUCAGUGGAAUCAGCAGCUGUCGACUCAGGAACAACUGCUCUUCGACAGCUUGCAAGAGCACGACCCAACUUUGACGGCUGCUACCCAGCGUGCUGCUUCUUACCCGCGUCCCAUUGCCAUGAAUCCUAACACACAAGCCAAAGGCUUUGUGAACGAGUUUGGCAACUCGACCAAGCCAACAAAGCCCAAGGUGCGGGGUCGUUUCACUGCUGAGCGACGUCGUGAGGUUCAAGAAGUGCGAAAACGAGGCGCUUGUAUUCGUUGCCGUAUGCUGAAGAAACCUUGCUCAGGGGAUACCCCCUGUACUACCUGCGCUAGUGUCGAAAGUGCUCGACUCUGGAAACACCCUUGCAUUCGAACUCGUCUGUCUGAAGAGUUCGAGCUUUACAAUGCCAACUUGCAUGCUACCCUUGCCUACCAUGAUACCAAUGCCAUUAAGAACCAGGUCAAGUUUGAAAUGUAUGUUGGUCGUAUGGAGGCGACCCACUUCGAGGAGAGCAGGGUGUUUAUCACUAUCAACGGUCUUCGAGGCCAUCACAAUUCGGUUUCCGCCCUCGACCCCGCGCUUCAAGGCCUGGGUGAUGAUCAGUUCCCUGGUCCCUCCCAUGAGAUUUAUCUGCUGGACAGUGACUCCGAUGAUAUCCCAAGCAAGCUCGAAUUGUACAUCAAGAAGACUGCACCAUUCUUCUUUGAGCGUGAAACCUCGACUUUCAUGAAGCCCACUUUACUCCUGUCUGCUGAACUGGGACAGUCGAAAAAGGACACUUUGCUUGAACGUGCAGUUGAGUUGUGGGUUGCCACCCAUAUCCUGGUUGAUACCGAACUUGGAUGGAAGGUGUACCAAAACCCUAAUCUCCCCCCUACUACGAUCCAUGGCCUUGCUCAGCCCACCGACGAGGGCCGUGUGCCAAUUGAGGAGGUCUCAGAGCCCGAGUCAUACGGCUUGCUAUGCAGCCAGCUUCGUGCUGCCAUGGAGAAACGUGCCAUGCAGCUGAGCAAAUCAGUUAUCAAUGACCUGGAGCGUCGUCUGCUGCAACGCCAGAAGACUGGCUGGUUCGAAACCUUCCUUGUGGCCAUUGUACUACUGAACUGCGUAGAGCGUACAUGCUGGCUCUUCCGCUCCUGGGAUAACGAAAGCUUCUCUCAGCGCUGGCCCCUGGACAAGCGUCCUCCUUACUACUACGCCCAGUCCGAGCAGUUCGCAGACAUCUUGCACAUGCUAUUGCGGAUGCGCAGUCUCCCACCCAAGACUACCGUUCGCCCCGAGAAUGGCUUUUUGAAGGCUGCCGAGGGCAGUGACGAAAAUGCCGUGCGCUGGUUUGACAUGAUCCAGAUCUCUCCCUACUACCUCGAGGAACGUGUCAAUGCACUCUUCGACCCCUCCGACUCCCGCUCCCUUGACCUCCACCACAGCGCCCGGUUGCUGUUGCCGGCCAACUCUUGA